UCUGCCCUUUUUCUGACGUCCCCUAUCCGUUCGUCGUCAUGAGUAGUGAAUUCCUGGCGGAGCUGCAUUGGGAGGAUGGGUUCGCCAUCCCGGUGGCGAAUGAGGAGAACAAGAUACUGGAAGAUCAGUUGUCAAAGCUGCAGGAUGAAAGGUCAAGCUUGCAAGAUCAGCUACGUGACUAUGAAGAUCGAAUUAAUGCUAUGACUUCUCACUUCAAAAACGUUAAGCAAGAGUUCUUGUUUACACAGUCUCUUUGCAAAGCCAGGGAACAUGAGACUGAAAGCGAAGAACAUUUUAAGAUGAUUGCUGAAAGAGAACUGGGACGAGUAAAGGAUGAAAUUCAACGACUGGAAAAUGAGAUAACUUCAAUACGGGAAAAAAAAAGUGAUAAGGAAAAUUACAUAUUUAAAACUACUCAAAAACUGGAUGGUUUGAAAUGUCAAAUGAACUGGGACCAGCAAGCAUUGGAGGCCUGGCUGGAAGAAUCAGCUCAUAAAGAUAGUGAUGCCCUCACUCUUCAGAAGUAUGCACGACAAGAUGAUAAUAAAAUUAGGGCACUGACCCUGCAAUUAGAAAGACUGACUAUGGAAUGUAACCAGAGAAGAAAGGUACUUGACAACGAACUUGCAGAGACUCUAAGUGCGCAGUUAGAAUUGGAUAAAGCAGCCCAAGAUUUUCGUAAGAUUCAUAAUGAAAGGCAAGAACUCAUUCAACAGUGGGAGAACACAGUAGAACAGAUGCAGAAGAGAGAUGGAGACAUCGAUAACUGUGCCUUGGCAUUAGCAAGGAUAAAGCAGGAAAUAAGAGAAAAAGAAAAUUUGGUUAAGGAAAAGAUCAAGUUUUUGGAAAAUGAGAUUGGCAACAACACAGAGUAUGAGAAAAAAAUUUCUGUUGCUGAUCGUAAAGUUUUAAAAUGUAGAGCGGAAUAUCAACAUCAUGAAACUAAUAGAAUUCAGCUGAAGGAUGAGCUGGAUUCUUUAAAAGCCACUGUGAAUAGAAGUUCCAGUGAUUUAGAAGCUCUGAGGAAAAAUAUUUCCAAAAUAAAGAAGGACGUUAAUGAAGAAACAACAAAGUUACAGAAAAUUAAAAAUCAUAAUCGGAUUGUAAGAAAAAAGUUAAAACAGAUAACUGAGAAAACUAUGUCUGUAGAGGAGAAAGCUACCAACUUGGAAGACAUGCUAAGGGAGGAAGAAAGAGGUGUGAAGGAAGUAGAAAUUCAGUUGAACAUAGUGAAAGAUGUGCUAUUUAAGAAAGUUCAGGAAUUACAGACUGAGACAAUGAAGGAAAAAGCUGUUGUAUCUGAAAUUGAAGGAACCCGUUCUUCUCUAAAGCACCUCAACCAUCAGUUACAUAAACUGGACUUCGAAACCUUGCAGCAGCAAGAAAUUAUGUACAGUCAGGAUUUUUACAUUCAACAAGUGGAACGCCGAAUGUCACGGUUAAAGGGAGAGAUUAAUUCAGAAGAAAAACAAGCCCUUGAAGCAAAAACUGUUGAACUUCAGAAGACAUUGGAAGAGAAGAAAUCUACAUUUAACCUUUUAGAAACACAGAUCAAGAAGCUUCAUAACGAUCUUUACUUUAUCAAGAAGUCAAAUAGUAAAAAUCGUGAUGAAAAACAGUCUCUCAUGACCAAAAUAAAUGAACUAAACCUUUUCAAUGACAGAUCAGAGAAAGAACUUAAUAAAACCAAAGCUUUGAAACAGGACUUGAUGAUAGAAGACAAUCUUUUAAAACUUGAGGUUAAACGUACUCGAGAAAUGCUUCACAGUAAGGCAGAAGAAGUUCUUUCUCUGGAAAAAAGAAAAGAGCAAUUGCACACAGCUAUGGAAGAACGGACCGAAGAAAUUAAGGUUCACAAAACAAUGCUUGCAUCACAAAUAAGAUAUGUUGAUCAAGAACGGCAAAACAUAAGUGCUGAGUUUCAUGAGCGGCUAAGUAAAAUUGAUAAGCUGAAGAAUAGAUAUGAAAUUCUUACUGUUGUUAUGCUGCCUCCUGAAGGAGAAGAGGAGAAAACACAAGCCUAUUAUGUAAUAAAGGCUGCUCAAGAAAAAGAAGAACUUCAAAGGGAAGGUGACAGUUUGGAUGCUAAGAUCAACAAAGCUGAAAAAGAAAUCAAUGCUCUAGGAAACACCUUGCAAGUACUGAACAGCUGCAACAACAAUUACAAACAAUCUUUUAAGAAAGUAACUCCAUCUAGUGCUGAGUAUGAGGUAAAAAUCCAACUAGAAGAACAAAAGAGAGCUGUUGAUGAAAAACACAGAUACAAACAAAGACAAAUCAGAGAACUACAGGAAGAUAUCCAGAGCAUGGAAAAUACUUUAGCAGUUAUAGAACAUUUAACAAAUAAUGUCAAAGAAAAAAUAUCAGAGAAGCAAGCUUAUGCACUUCAACUAAGUAGAGAAACUGAAGAGCAGAAGCCAAAGUUAGAGAGAGUAACUAAACAGUGUGCAAAACUCAUCAAGGAAAUCCGUCUUUUGAAAGACACAAAAGAUGAAACACUAGAAGAACAAGACAUCAAACUUCGUGAAGUGAAACAGCUUCACAAGAUCAUUGACGAAAUGUUAGUUGGUAUCACAGAAGAAAAUGCUGAGAUUGGUAUUAUCCUUCAAACAUACUUUCAACAGAGUGGUUUAGAGCUACCUAUAGCUAGUACUAAAGGCAGUUGUCACAGUUCUAGAUCUCCUUCCCAGACUUCACCAGUAUCAGCAAGGUCAUCUAAGAGUACAAGUACUUCUGCUUCUCAGACUUCAGUGAAAGUAUUAGAGCUGACCUUCCCAGCUUCUUCACUAAUUGGCAGCACUUCUAGACCAACUAGUGUGAGCAGUGGCUCCAGUAAUGGUAAAAGCAAAAAGAGCAGCAAGUAA